UGAUCCUGAGCCUGUGGUGUUGGUUCCUCUCUGGCUGUGUAUCUGGGCUUUACUGUUUACAAUCUGCCAGACUCAGAGUGGUGAGCUGCCAUAACUUGCACCAUUAUGUCUAAGCCUUUGUCUGACCAUGAUAGGAAGAAGCAGAUUUCAGUGAGAGGCCUCGCUGGUGUCGAGAAUGUCACAGACUUGAAGCUGAACUUCAACAGACAUCUCCAUUUUACGCUGGUCAAGGACAGAAAUGUGGCAACAAGAAGGGAUUACUACUUUGCUCUUGCCAACACAGUGCGAGACCACUUGGUUGGCAGGUGGAUCAGAACCCAGCAGCACUACUAUGAGAAAGAUCCCAAACGUGUGUACUACAUCUCCCUGGAGUUCUACAUGGGACGCACCCUACAAAACACCAUGGUAAACCUGGCACUGGAGAAUGCCUGUGAUGAGGCCAUGUACCAGCUUGGCCUUGACAUGGAGGAGCUGGAGGACAUGGAGGAAGAUGCUGGUUUGGGGAAUGGUGGCCUGGGACGCCUUGCAGCUUGUUUCCUGGACUCCAUGGCGUCAUUGGGCCUGGCAGCCUACGGUUAUGGCAUUCGCUAUGAAUUUGGCAUCUUCAAUCAGAAAAUAGUCAAUGGCUGGCAGGUUGAGGAGGCUGAUGACUGGCUGCGCUAUGGCAACCCAUGGGAGAAGGCCCGUCCUGAGUACAUGCGGCCGGUUCAUUUCUAUGGCAGGACUGAGCAUCACCCUGACGGUGUCAAAUGGGUGGACUCUCAGGUAGUGCUGGCUCUGCCGUAUGACACACCUGUACCGGGCUACAGAAACAAUGUUGUCAACACUAUGAGGUUGUGGUCGGCAAAGGCACCCUGCGACUUUAACCUGAAAGACUUCAAUGUUGGUGGCUACAUCCAAGCUGUUUUGGACAGAAACCUGGCUGAGAACAUCUCCCGUGUUCUCUACCCCAACGAUAAUUUCUUUGAAGGGAAGGAGCUCCGUCUGAAGCAGGAAUACUUUGUGGUGUCUGCCACUCUGCAAGACAUCAUCCGCCGUUUCAAGGUCUCCAAGUUUGGUUCCAAAGAGAUUGCUCGCACAGACUUCAGCAAACUGCCAGACAAGGUUGCAAUCCAACUGAAUGACACUCAUCCAGCCAUGGCUAUUCCAGAACUGAUGCGAGUACUUGUUGAUGAAGAGAAGCUUCCCUGGGAUAAGGCUUGGGAUAUCUGUGUACGCACCUGUGCCUACACCAACCAUACAGUCCUUCCUGAAGCUCUGGAGCGCUGGCCAGUCGACCUGUUUGCUCAUCUACUGCCCCGUCACCUUGAGAUAGUCUAUGAGAUCAACCGUCGCCAUCUGGAGAGAGUUGCUGCCAAGUUCCCAGGAGAUAAUGAUCGCCUUUGUCGCAUGUCCCUCAUUGAGGAGGGCGGACAGAAGAGGAUCAACAUGGCCCAUUUGUGUAUUGUGGGUUCCCAUGCUGUCAACGGCGUGGCCCAGAUACACUCUGACAUCCUAAAAGCUACAGUUUUCAAGGACUUCUAUGAAAUGGAGCCAAAUAAGUUCCAAAACAAGACCAACGGCAUCACUCCUCGCCGCUGGUUGGUUAUGUGCAACCCGGGGCUGGCUGAGGUCCUCGCUGAGAAAAUUGGCGAGGAAUUCAUCCGCGAUCUCGACCAGCUUCAGGGUCUCCGCAAGUUUGUGAAUGACGAGGCUUUCAUUCGUGAUGUUGCCAAAGUGAAACAGGAGAACAAACUGAAGUUUUCCGUGCACCUGGAGGAGCACUACAAAGUGAAGAUCAACCCCAACUCAAUGUUUGAUGUUCAAGUCAAAAGAAUCCAUGAGUACAAGAGACAGCUCCUCAACUGUCUGCACAUUAUCACCUACUACAACCGCAUCAAGAAGGAGCCCAACAAGCACUGGACUCCAAGAACUGUUAUGAUUGGCGGAAAGGCCGCUCCUGGAUACCACACUGCCAAGAUGAUUAUUCGUUUGAUCACAGCUAUCGGUGAGGUUGUCAAUAACGAUCCUGUGGUUGGAGAUCGCCUGAAGGUCAUCUUUUUGGAAAACUACAGAGUCACACUGGCAGAGAGAGCCAUCCCAGCAGCCGAUCUGUCAGAGCAGAUUUCCACAGCUGGCACUGAGGCUUCUGGCACUGGCAACAUGAAGUUCAUGUUGAACGGCGCUCUGACUAUCGGUACUAUGGAUGGAGCCAACGUCGAGAUGGCAGAGGAGGCCGGAGAAGAGAACUUCUUCAUCUUCGGGAUGAGGGUCGAUGAUGUCGAUGCACUUGACAAGAAAGGAUACCAUGCUGAAGAGUACUACAACCGGAUUCCUGAGCUUAAACAGGCUAUUGACCAGAUUGCUGGAGGCUUCUUUAGCCCAAAGCAGCCUGACCUGUUUAAAGAAAUUGUCAACAUGCUGAUGCAUCAUGACAGGUUUAAGGUCUUUGCUGACUAUGAAGACUAUAUGAAAUGCCAGGAAAAAGUCAAUGCUCUUUACAAGAACCCCAAGGAAUGGACCAAGAAGGCGAUCCUAAACAUUGCUGGAUGCGGCAAGUUCUCCAGUGAUCGCACCAUUGCCCAGUACGCCCGUGAGAUCUGGGGCAUGGAGCCCACACUUGAGAAACUGCCUGCUCCUGAUGAUAAGCAGUAACUGUCAACAUGUCGGCCGACUUUCCCCACAGGUUUAAAAGCCUUCAUACUCCACAUGUUAGACACCGCAAUGUUUCACAAGAAGCCCCCCACAAAGCUCCAUCCAGAGCAAUUUCACCGUGCCACAUGCGAAUGCUCUUUAGAUUUUUCAGGCCUGCCACUUCAAACAGGUUACAGGCUUGUGGGAUAACAGUGCUGCAGUUAUCACAAGCUUGCUUGAAUUCCUGGAAAAAAUGGCAUCGUGGUGGGCUUUGUAUAUUUAUUGGUUUUUUUUUAUUAUUCAAAAAUAUAAACUCUUGUAUUUCCACUCAGACCCAUUCUGAAUAAAAUUUGUCUUAAAUGCCAUAACUGACUUGUAUGAUCUUUUAUGGUUGUGUGUGAACAAGUUUUGCAAAAGUAAAAUGUGGAAAAUAGCUGUCCUGUUGUUUUCAGACACACUGAAGCAGCAACUCAUCUAUUUAUGUUUCCAAAAAUCAUUUAAUUUAUCAAUGAGAAUUAUUGUAUUAGGUAACCCCGAAGAGACAAACUAAACAAAACAAGACAGUUUGCUUGUCCCACUUUUACCAUCUCUCCUUGAAAGAAGAAAAUUAAUCUUCGGGUAUUUGGCUUCUUGUAAUAUUCAUCUUUGCCACAAGAUAUCACUAAAUCACACAAAUCCAUUAAACUGAUUAUGCAUGAGGUACUUUGUAAUGUCAUGAAAUACAUAUUCCUAUUGUAAACAUGACUUUUGAUGUUUGUAUUUUUAUGUAUAACCUAAUCAGAAACACAUUGAUGUAGAACUAUAUAAUAAAUAACUUACAGUGAUUAUUACAGUUGGUUUAAUGGUUUGUAACAGAAUGUCUUGCGAGCCAGAUAAGCAAAACUGGAUCUAUAUUUAUUAAAAUGAUGUGAAGAAAAGUAAAUUUUUCAGUCAAUGCUGACUACAAUAAAGAAAAGAUUAAAGGCAAUCUCAUAUACAUGUGAUAUUCAAAUUACUCAUUUCCUUUACAUUGCACUCCACAUUUUUCAGAUUUGUUAAGAGUUUAAGCUGCUAAAGCAUAGCUAUGUCAUACUUUUCAGAGUGGCAUCAUCAAACACAGACAGAAAGGCAACAGGGAGAAACUGGAGCAAGACUUGUGAAAAACUGACAUCUGUGCCAAUAGGAGCAUUGAUUUUUCUUUUUAUGUACUUGGUUUUCAUGGUUGAAAAACAGUCAACAUAGACUGACAGAAGUGAGAGUGUUCCUUGUCACUUAUUAACCAUACAAUCUACAACAACUGUAACCACACAAGUUUUAAAUUCAAAUUUCCCAUCAUUUGUAAAUAAAAUAUAUGUAAGUUAAACAAGUUAUGUGUGCUUAUGAUAAAUA